AUGCCUCCCUCAAGAAAAGAAACCAUCAAUCCUUGUAUCACGACUCAACUAUGUCAACUCAUUUACUACCACAUUGAUAACAAUCUCCUCAAGAAUGCCUUGUUCUUCGCAGAACGAUUGCAUGCUUACACCCCGAAAGGUCCCGAAUCCUCUUACCUCCUCUCCUUAUGCCAUCUACGACAUGGCGAUUAUGCUUCCGCUUUCGACGUUGCAAAGGGUCCAGGGUCUAGGACGGGAAAUCUCGGUUGUGCAUAUAUCUAUGCGCAAGCAUGCCUUGCCCUAGGAAAGCUGAAAGAGGGAAUAGUGGCGUUAGAAAAGAAUAGAGGUUGUUGGGGCGGACAGAACUCGUUUGGCAAGCACACGGAAUACUCACGACACCCGUACCCUGAUGCGUCUGCAGUUUGUUGUUUACUGGGGAAGCUGUAUCGCGCUUUUGAUGACAAGAAGGAGUCGAUUCGCUAUUUCGAAGAUGCGCUGAAGUUGAAUCCAUUCAUGUGGGAUGCAUUUACCAAUCUUUGCGAUAUGGGUACCAAUGUUAGGGUCUCGACCACUUUUCGGAUGAGCGUAGAGAUGGAGGCAAUACUGAAGUCGAAUGCACAAGAGCGAGAGGCCCCAAUCGAGACUUUCUUGGCGGAAGAGCAUAAACCAACCCGACCCAGCGCACGACCUUAUCAGAGCGACCCCGCGGAUCCGUUCCAUAAUAAUUCUUCAUCUCGGUCAUUCGCCGGUGGCCUUUUUGGAUCCCUUACUUCUGCAUCCUCGAAGCUCGCCGAGAGCAACCCCAGUCUUACAAACCUCCCUGCGACUGGAGGCGGCAAUCUCAACUCUGAUACAAUGGAAACACCUACUGGUCCUAAUGCCCCUCUCGAUUAUACUAUUGCACCGAGUAGAAAAGAACCCGGUGUGGUUUCUGCAUUCCCUCUCAACCUGGAACCUCCCCAAGCUCCCGUUCGCAGGAACCGAACGCUACAGGGGCUUGGUAUGGACUUCAGCAUGGACGUUCCAAAAAUGGGUCGAUCUAUGACUUCGAAACGACUUCAAAAGGCUGCUGCAGAAAUCUCGGAAGAUAGUAGCGCGGGGCACAAUUCCCGCCAUAACAAUGUUACCGCACCGGUCGGGGAUAGAAAGCGAACUGUAUCUGGACAGGUAGUACCCAGACAACCAUCGGAAGAUCCUGGAGCACCUCAGAGAAGGAGUGUCAGAUUGAUCAACCAAUUUCUCCCAACAAACAACAAAUCUUCCAGUAACCUUGCGACUGUUGGACCAGCCCCUGGACGGGAAUUAAAGAAGGCGAGGCCUCCGAUAUCAAAGAUUAUGCGACCAGCUGGAGCCUCAACUGCCGGGAGACAGGUCAGUGGUAACCGAAAACCAGUGGAAGAUUACAUGGAACUAGAACAAAGGGAGGGAGAUACUAGAUCCCGAGCCCUAGUGUCCUCAAAAUCUUCUGGUGCUAAAUCAUUUGAAUCAGACUGUGGAACCCGCGAGGAUGCUUUAAGGUGGCUUCUCGACUUGUUCAAGAAGUUCGGCACUGGCUAUUCUUUGCUUGCUAAAUUUCAAUCACAUCAAGCCUUGGAGACGUUCUCUACACUCUCCACCCAACAACAAGACACCCCUUGGGUAUUGUCGCAAAUGGGGCGCGCCCAUUACGAACAAGCAUCAUAUACCGAAGCGGAAACCUUAUACAAACGAAUUCGACAAAUAGCACCAACACGCUUUGAGGAUAUGGAGAUCUAUUCUACUGUUCUUUGGCAUUUGAAGAGAGAAACCGAUCUUGCUUUCCUUGCACACGAAUUGGUUGAUUCUUCUUGGCAAUCACCAGAAGCCUGGUGUGCGUUGGGAAAUUCCUGGUCACUCAUGCGAGAUCACGAACAAGCUUUGCGGUGUUUCAAGCGGGCCACACAACUCAAUCCCAAGUUUGCUUAUGCGUUUACUCUUCAAGGUCAUGAACACGUUAUGAAUGAAGAGUACGAUAAAGCACUUACCUCAUACAGACAGGCAAUGGCUGUUGAUAGGCGACAUUACAAUGCCUACUAUGGUGUUGGUAAAGUUUACGAGAAGAUGGGUAAUUACGAUAAAGCUUUUAUACACUUCGAAGCCGCCUCGAAAAUCAACCCAACGAAUGCGGUGCUUUUGGGCCUCAUGGGGAGUGUUGUUGACAAGAAAGGAAACAAAGCACUGGCACUUGCGUACUUUAAAAAAGCCAUUGAAUUGGAUCCGAAAUCAGCCUUGACCCGAUUUAAAAAAGCCCGAUGCUUGAUGACAAUGGGGAAUAUGGAGGAUGCUUUGGAGGAAUUGAAAAUUCUGAAAGAUCUAGCUCCUGAUGAGGCAAUGGUUCACUUCUUAUUGGGAAAACUCUACAAGAGUAUCAAGCAAAAGGGCGCUUCAGUUCGACAUUUUACCAUCGCUCUGAACUUAGAUCCAAAGGCUAGUCAGCAAAUCAAAGAAGCAAUCGAAAGUCUAGAGCAAGGAGAUGACGAUGACGAUGAUGAAACCAGCAUGAUGGGUUGA